AAUAUGCAACCUUCUUCUCUAUAUAAACCACCGAUUCGAAUAUUGCCAUUAUUUACAAGUCCUAUAAAACAAAAAGUCGCGCUCUUUGCUUUCUCUGUCUCAAAAUCAUGUCCUUGUUUUCUGCUCCAUCUUCAAGCCCAUUUAGCAGUGUCAUCCUAUUUGGUUCUACAUCCGGAGUUCAACAGACUAGCAACUCCGGUGUGCCACAGUUGUUUGGAACAAUGACCUCAUCAGCACCACAACCUGCUCGUCCUUUUGGAAGUUUAACACCUUUUGGCGGACCAUUAUCCUUUAAUGCAGCAAAUAAUGCCAAUGUCUCGGACUCCUCUGUAUUUGGAACUCUAGAAGCUCCUGCAUUUGUUUUUUCAAGCAACUCACACUUUGGCACCCAAAGUUCAGAUUCCUAUUCCUUUGGCCAACCAGCAGUAUCCAUGUCAGGGAGCAAAGGAAAAGAAAGUACAACACCUUUCCUCAAGAGCUCUGGUUUUGGAAUGUCAGCAUUUUGCAUUAAUCAGAAAGGAAGUAGAAUAGCAUCAUAUAUUGCAACUCCAGAGAUUGGUGCUGACACAGGACCCAGUCGUGCAAAAAUUCAAUCAAUUUACGGAAUGCCGACUUAUAAAGAUAAAAGCCAGGAGGAGUUGAGGUUUGAGGACUACCAGUUAGGUGAUAAAGGAACAUUAGCCUUUAAUGCAGCGACGACUGCUACAUCUGGUCAAACAGAAAACAUAUCCCCGGGUUCAUUCACUUUACCGACAUUUGGAAAGAAAAAUGACGUUAAUAGUGCGGCCAAUGAACCUCUGCUUUGGUCCAGGGAUGCCAAUGUCUCAGACUCCUUCGUAUUUGGAGGUCUAAAACCUCCUGUGUUUGGUGUUUCAAGCAACUCACACUUUGGCACCCCAAGAUGUGAUUCCUACUCAUUUGGCCAACCAGCUCUAUCCAUGUCAGGGAGCAAAGGAAAAGAAAGUACAAUACCUUUGUUCCAGAGCUCUGGUUUUGGAAAGCCAGCAUUUGGUAUUAAUCAGAAAGGAAGUAGAGCAGCAUCAUACAUUGCAACUCCAGAGAAAGAUAGCGCAAGACCUGGUGGUGAAAAAAUUCUAUCCAUUUGCGCAAUGCAGACUUAUAAAGAUAAAAGCCAAGAGGAGUUGAGGUUUGAGGACUACCAGUUAGGUGAUAAAGGUCAGAAAUGGGGUUUUUCAGUUGGUAUUUCCAGCACACAGGGAUUUGGUGUCAUCGACAACACGGGGCCUCUCACAUCACCAGUAUUUAACCAAUCACCUGUUGAUCAACCUUUUUACUCCCAUUUCUCAUUUUCAAAUAAAAAUUCUACAGCAACUGCUUCUACCCCUUUUCUGAAGCCGCAGCAGUCCAUUUCCCAUAUAUUCCCCCCUAAAACAUCAUUGUUAAACACUUGUGACACUGAAAGUAGAGUGGCAUCUAGUUCCUCAGAUGUUUCAUUUUCUCCAUGGAUCCAUUUGCCGUUUCCACCUUUAAAUCCAGCUUCCAGUUCUUCCACUUCCUCCACCUCUUCUGCAUUAAGGAAUCCAUGGGCUUUAUCUACAUCUUCCACUACAUCACUUACGGCUGCACCUUCCACUACCUCCACCUUUUCUCCAUUAACCAAUCCAUGGCCGUUUCCACCUUUAAAUCCAACUUCCAGUUCUUCCACUUUCUCCACGUCUUCUGCAUUAAGGAAUCCAUGGGCCUUAUCUACAUCUUCCACUACAUCACUUACCCAAUCUCCACCGCGUGCAGGUUUGGUCGCACCUUCCACUACCUCCACCUUUUCUCCAUUAACCAAUCCAUGGCCAUUUCCACCUUUAAAUCCAGCUUCCAGUUCUUCCACUACAUCACUUACCCAAUCUCCACUAUGUGCAGAUUUAGUCACACCUUCCACUACCUCCACCUUUUCUCCAUUACCCAAUCCAUGGCCGUUUGCACCUUUAAAACCAUCAGGCCAUGAUUCUGAUCAAAAGAGCUCUUUUUCUCCCAUUCCUGUUUUAGCUACAGGAAGCGCUCCACAAUCCUCAUUAUGCUUGAAUUGCUUAAAGCAGUUACAGCCUACUCCCCCAGGACUUUGUAAUGUUUCAAGCUCUCUAUCUAUUGGAUUGGAAAACUCAAGAACAUCAUCACCAAUUAUGCCUCCUGCUGAAACACAACCUUCAGUCCAAAUCACGGUUGAGCACCCGAAUUUGACAACAUCCAUCCAAUAUGGAAUUUCUAGUUUACCUGUUUCUAAUAACCCUGCUCCGGUCAGACGAAAAUCAUCGUUGAUAAUUCGACAUUCAUCUCUAGGUCGGCGUAGGUUGCCACCUCAGAAAUACAAUCCUGCAAGUGAUAAACCAAAGGUUCCCUUUUUCAUGGAUAAAGAAAACGCUUCUGGCUUACUAAGGACAGAAGUCAUCAUCAGUCCAAGGGAAAAUCUAAUGGACUGGGUUCGGCCUACCGCUAAAGAAUUUCCACUGGAAGAUGACUCACGUAUAUUGUCUCAACUGAAACAUAUUUCUAUAGACAGUACGCACGGAGGCAAAGUUGAUGAUAAACCCAAGUUAGAUCCUAAGGAGAUGCAUUAUGAUAAAUGUGGCGAUGACAAGGAUUUGGAUGCCAUAAUGCCGAAGCUCCAACGUUCUGAUUACUACACAGUUCCUCCUAUUGAGGAUUUGAUAUCAAAGGAGAAGGAAGAAGCUGAUUUUUGUUGCCACGUGAAGGACUUUGUGGUAGGAAGACACGGCUACGGAAGCAUCAAGUUCUUGGGGGAAACAGAUGUCCGGAAGCUGGAUCUUGAUUCUGCUGUCCAUUUCAACAGUCGCGAGGUGAUCAUUUAUAUGGAUGAGAGCAAGAAACCUCCAGUUGGACAAGGCCUCAACAAGCCAGCUGAGAUAACUCUCCUUAAUGUCAGAUGCAUCAACAAAUCAACUGGGAGGGAGUACAAAGAUGGGCCAGUGGUCAACAAGUAUAGAGAUAUCCUUAUUAAGAAAGCAGCAGAGCAGGAUGCAGAAUUUGUUUCUUAUGAUCCAGUACAAGGGCAGUGGAAAUUUAGGGUAUCACACUUUUAAGUAUGUAAUCUCCCUACGUAGUUUGCUUGCAUAAGAAUUAGGAGUUCAAAUUUUAGGUUUGUUUUGUUGUAGAAUAACCAAAUGUUUGAAUUGUUAUAACGUGUCUUCCCAAUUGAUAUAUUUUACAAUUUGCUUGCUUA